GUCUCCAUUGUGCUCGAGUUUGCUACCGUCUUAGCCAACGUCAUGCGUUCACGCUGAACGUUCAGCUUCAUAAUAAUCGGAAUGGCCUCUAGAUUCCGGCGCGACUCAAGGUCGAUAUGAGAACGUGAGGACGUCGGUGUCCAACCUCGAGCAGUCCACAAUUGUCUAAGCCCCUUCGCGUUGGGUUGCCUGCUGUUCAUGGUCGCACUCCAGACUGCUGAAGUCGCCGGACGAACAACGCAUCUCAAACCCACAAGUCCCGCUCCAGCCGAUAUAAUAUCUGUUUGCGUCGCUUCAGUAAUCAAGGCAUCCUCGAGCCUAGCUUCAAGACUCUUCGCAAACUAUAGGCCAUGUGGGUCCUGCUGUUCUCCGCAAGUCCGGUGCAUUUGGCGUUUGAAAUAGUGCUCCUUCGGUCAGUAUCUUCCUUCCUGGUUGCAGCUGGUGCAGCUUCGCAUUCCUUCAUGAUGAAUCCAUACCGUUCACUUCGCAGUUUCCACUCUAGUGCCCUCCUGUUGCGGGAGCACUCCCCCAACGUCGGACGUCUAUAUUCCCCACGUCGCGCUGAACCCAAUUAGUGUUGACGCUUGUGGGCCGCCCUUGUGGUGCGCUGGGCGCGAGAUGGGGGUCGGCGCGAUGAGGGUUGCAGUCCUUCCUAGGAUGUCUGAUUCUUCUAUCCACCGCACUUUCCACUCAUCGUUGUACGUCGCUGACUCACAAUGCCAACAGACAAAAUCCAUCACUUGGCAUAUGGGGGGCUUGUUGAUGUACUAGUUCGAGGCAGUUUGUAUUCCGUGUAGUCUGUCCGACAACAGAAUCCGUUCCC